AUGAAGUACGGCGAAGCUCUACCAUUGCGUUCGGUUCAAGAAUGGCUUCCUUAUAACCUUGACUACAACGAAAUCAAGCAGCUGAUCAAACACUAUACGACAAAGAAAAGUCCAGUCGCCAACGGCGAUCCCACUCCGUGCGAGGACGAGCUCUUUGAAGUUUUCCUGGAUCAAUUGGGAAGGAUCGAUCUUUUCGUGAAAAGCAAAGCCGGCGAAAUCGAUCGACGCAUAGCAAGUUGCGAAAGGCAAAUAUUAGAGUUGCAGCGGCGCGCGCCCUCCGCAAAAAGCUCGACGAAAAUUGCUGCACGGUAUUUGAAGAUCGAGCAGGAGAUCGAGCGAGCUGGUCACGAUGUUCAAUCGCUCGCCCGUUUUGUCAACGUACAGCGCACUGGCUUCCACAAGCUCCUGAAAAAGUACCGGAAAUGGACCGGCUCCAGCCGCCUUCCCGACCGUUUUCUCAUCCUGCUGGAAUCGCCGACCGCCUUCCACCGAUACGAUUUCGACCGGAGCGUCCUGGUAGUUUCGGAACUUUUGGCUACGGUUAGGGACAGAAUCAGCAACCUCUCCGACGAUAACCACGAGGCCGUGUCGGCGCCGCCCCAGCAGGGAAAACCUUCGACCAACGAUGGCUUUUCGUCUGAAGAGACCGUCCUACAGCUUUAUGCGCCUGCACCUAACCCAAAGUCCCGAUUGGAGUGGGAUGCUGCUUUUGGGGCCUCGCGUAUCGCUAAUGGCGGCGGUAGGGCGGUCUUUUGGGUUCACAAUGACCAUGUGAUCGAGUUGCAGGUAUUCCUACUGAAGCAUCUCACGCUCCAGGCGUGGACACCGGCAUGUAGCAUUCCCGCUACCCCGCUGGCUUCUAGGAGAAACUCGGACGCGGGCCUCUCGGGGUAUGGAGAUCAAGUCGGUCACGUGGUUCUUGACGAUCUCGGUAGCUUUUCGGAUAUUCAAAACACCGUUACCAUCGACCAGGUUUCCAGGGCCGUCAUGAGAACUGCCGGCCAAGUGCGAUGGUGCUCGCGUGACUUGGAUGCGUCCGUGGUUGUGUCUGAUUACUCUGGUGCCAUCCUGAACACCGAGGACUUGCCAAGUAGCGAAGUGUUGGCAGUGACGACCAGAAGAAAAAACGUCGAAGCCCUGCUCAAUCCCAAGGCCGAGACGACCAGUCUCAAAGAUGGCCAGUGUAUGCAGAUAAAGCAAAGUAUCGACAGGAUGCGCGGGUGGUUCAAUAAGCACCCCGACGUGACGCCGCUCGCGAAGAUUAUGUCUCGCAAAACGCGAUUCAGCGGCUCGAUGGCCGAUGGAGAGGCGUGGGCUUCCCUUGACCGGGAUAUCGUGAUGAGUGCGAACGCUGGCGAGCCCGGUUGGGUGGCAUCGGACGAAGCGGGCGCAGGCAAGCUCGUGGAAUUCCCGCACGCGGUCGUUGAGAUCUUGUGGGAUAGCAAACAAACGCCCGCGUUUGUCGCCGAGCUCAUGCAAAGCCAUAUUGUUGAGAGUGUCCCAGGGUUCUCUCUAGAUGUCCAUGCGAUCGCGGCUCUCUACGAGCCGAAGCAUAUCAAGGACAUUCGCAAGACGCCGACCACCACCAGGCCGAUGCAUAGUCGCAGGAAUUCCUCGCGCGUGGUCUUUUCCAACUCUUCAUCCAAAAACUCGUCCGUUGUCACGGGCGACUCGGGACUGCAAUACCAAAUGUCGACACCGGCAACGUCGGAUGCCGGCGCACUGUCACGGGAAUCCCGGAAGAAGAAGAAGAGAAGGACUAGCAGGCCCUACGACAAGCCCGCGGCCGUCAAUCGGUACUGGAGCGAGUUUGACGACGAGGAGCGCGAGACGCCCUACACCAUUCUUGUGCGCCCUUCAUCUUCCAGCUCGAUGGAGGACGACGACACCGACACGCUUUCCGCGUACAUUGCGCAUCCGGUUCUGAAAGCCGUCUCGCGGUUCAAGCACUUUGGGCGGAAGAAGAGCCACGUGCCGCGCGAACACUCACCACUCCUCCGGGAGCCGGUAGGCCCAGACAGCGAAACCGACAGCGAGACGGAGAUGGGCGGCGGCGGCGGCGGGCUCAAUGACUUCCACGGGUACUCGACGUUCAAGACGCACCACCCCAGCACGGGAAGCCGGGCCGCCUACAAGGCCGGGCACCUGGGCCUCCUGCUCCUGUCCACCUUGAUGCUGCUCGUAACUGGCGCCCUCGCUAUCGGCGAGUCCCUCUCCGGCCACAAACGCCGCAGAAAGAAUAUUGGAAAACACAUUGUCGUCGACUUGAGCGUGUUCGUGGGCGUCCUGGUGUGCAUAGCUUCGGGCAUGAUCGGACUCACUAUCUUCCUUGCCGGUGGAUCAAGGGCCAGCUGGCAGCAUAGAGUCGCCGUGUGGACGACGUUUGCUAUGGUCUGUACAGGCUGCGGCAUCAUCCUCACCGUGGCGAGUAGAGAUAUUGUUGGAAGUGGUUGA